UAAAAUACUUGUCAGAUUUAAUUUUUCCAGAAUCAUCUACGGAUGAAGAACAAAAGAAAAUAAGAAGUCAAUCAAGAUAUUUUAUAGUAAGAGAAGGUAUCCUAUACAAGAAGAAUAGGAAGAAUCCUCAAAGACCCCUUUGGGUGGUAAAAUCAAAUGAAAUAUUACUGGAACAAAUGUAUAGUGAUAUAAGGGAGUAUGUUCAAACUUGUGAUGCAUGUCAACGUAGGGGUGGGCCUACUAAACAUGAAUAUCUACAUCCAAUUAAAGUUGAACAACCCUUUGAGAGAUUAGGAAUGGAUAUUGUUGGACCUUUGCCUGAGACUAGGAAGGGAAACAAGUAUAUGGUAGUGGCAACCGAAUACUUGACUAAAUGGCCAGAAGCUAGGGCGAUUCCUGAUGCAAAAGCUGCUUCGGUGGUACAAUUCUUCUAUGAAGACAUAAUUAGUCGCCAUGGAUCCCCUAAAAUAUUAUUAACUGACCAAGGAACACAUUUUGUUAAUCAAAUGUUGGAUGAAUUAUGUAGAGUGAUGGGAAUAAAACACAAAUUAUCAUCAGCAUAUCAUCCUCAAACAAAUGGUUUAGUAGAAAGAUUUAAUAGGACGCUUUGCAAAGCACUUGCUAAAAGAGAAGCAACUUUUCCAGUUGAAUUACAAAUUCUUACUUAUCCUACAGAAAUUGGUAGUGAAGAAGAAUUAUUAUUAAAAAGGGUUUAUGAACUCAUUGGAAAUUUACCAGAGAAAAGAGUGAAUGCGAGAGAAAAUAUUUCAAGGUCACAAGAAAAACAGAAAGAGCG